AUGGGGGCGGACGCCGACACAGAUGCCGAACUCUUCGCAGCGCUCUCACAACCAAUCAGCGACAAGGAUCCCAACGCGCGACCAGAAUGCUUUACGUCCACGUUCCAAGAGUGCAUGUUCAUCGUCUCAGUAACGAUGGCUGUAGCUAUGACCAGCUUCUUAACCGGCGCGAUCACCGUCAUGAGUUCCUUCGCAGCCCGGGAUCUAGGCAUGACGAAUGCGGAAAUCACGUGGAUGAAUGCUGCGACAUCGCUUACCGCAGGUUCUCUCCUCCUCUUCUUCGGUAGCAUAGCAGAUCUCUUUGGCCGCAAAUCCAUGUUUAUUGGCUCCCUAUUCUUCUUCUCCGUCUUCUGCCUCGGCGCCGGCUUCUCCCAAUCCGGCAUGACUCUCGACAUUCUAUGUGGCGUCCUGGGUAUCUUCUCUGCUUCCUCCGUGCCUCCAGCUCAAGGCAUGCUCGGCGCCAUCUACGAAAAACCUAGUCCAAGGAAGAACAGAGCAUUUGGCUGUUUCAGUGCCGGGAAUCCCAUGGGCUUUGUUUUCGGCACCAUAUUAUCUGGAUUAUUUACCCAGAUCUUUAGCUGGAGAGCUGGCUUCUUUUUACUGGCUAUAGUGUAUUUUUGCACGAGUAUCAUCGCAGCUUUUACUGUGCCGAAAGAUACAACGCCAAAACAGAGGCUGGAUAGAGAGACAAUCAAGAAGCUUGACUUGCCGGGUACCGGGUUGACUAUUUUUGGUAUCGGCAUGUUCUGUGCGGCUUUGAGUCUGGGAGGCGAUGCGCCGAAUGGAUGGAAGACACCUUAUGUUCUUGUGCUAUUGAUUCUAGGCGUUGUAUUUAUCGCAGCAUUCAUAGUAUGGGAGAUCAAGUACCCGUAUGCUAUGAUUGACAUGAAGAUAUGGUACGAUAGGGAUUUUUCUCUUCUCCUCACCAUUCUCUCCUGCGGCUUCCUUGGCUUCCCGGUUCUAUCCUUCUGGAUCGCACUCUACUUCCAAACAGAGCUCAAUUACAACGCCCUCAUGACCGGCGUGCACAUGCUCCCCAUGGUCGUCGUAGGCCUGACCGCCAACGCCGUCGCAGCACUGAUCCAACACAAAGUUUCCAACAAACUACUCGUGGGUAUCGGUGCUGCCGCGCUAACCGUCUCGUUUACCCUUGCUGCCGUGCAGAGAUUUGGAGACUCGUAUUGGGCCUUUUCUUUCCCCGCACUGUGUUUGUGUGUGAUCGGCGUGGAUUUCCAAUUUAUUGUCGCUAAUAUGUACGUUCUUUCUUCAAUGCCUACGAACAAACAGUCCAUCGCGGGUUCACUCUUCCAGACGUUGACUCGUCUGUGUACUGCGGUUGCAUAUGGUAUCGCGACUGCCAUAUUUGACGCCGUACAAAGGAAUCCUGCUACCUCUGGUUAUUAUGGGAACAAUGCUGUUGAACCGUUUGCAGCUGUGUUUUGGUUCGCGGCUGCGGUCUCUGUGCCAGGACUGCUUCUUGUUCCUUUCUUGAGGAUUGGUACGCAGGGUCAUAAAGGAGAUACUGGACGGGUGAAGUUUGGCGGUGGUGCUGAGAAAGGGUUGGGUGGGGACGAUGGACAUGUUGUUGCUGCGGUGGGUGAAAAGCACGAACAGAGUGAUGUGGAAGCGAAAGGGGGUGGGCUGUAG